UUUGCUGACUUUUUUGUUAGCCGAGAUGCGAGAAGCGAGAUGCGGUGGUCUCGGGUGCCACAUCCCUGGCAUGCGACCAGGUUUUUAUUGUCAUCGCGUUUCAAGUCGUCGUUUUCUUCCCCUGAGAACCUAUGUGUGUGAAAGUUUCAUGUUGUCGUUGUCUUGUGUAUUGUCGUGCUUUUCCGCCACUGUGGCUCAGGAGGGAGCUUUUCGGGCUUGGGCGUGAGCUGCACAGAUGAUUUGGGAGACCGGUUCUCGUGAUUCUGUUGCACCGUAGCUGCUUUUUACAUUUGCAAAGAAGAGAGAAGCAGUGGGGGUUGGACUUCCGUGGUUGAAGCAAUGGGGACUCGUGGCGCUGGAGGUUUAUCUCUGUUACUGGGGUUGUUGUUGGGUGUAACUGUUGCUGUGUUGGUUCUCGCUCUUCCGGUCUCUAGCCAAGCUACGAACGUAGGAUGUGCAGCGGAUCUGAAAAGCAAAGUUACUAAGUUUCAGACUCAGAGCCUCCAUUGCAAGGCUUACAACUUCCCAGCAAUUAAUCCUUAUAUUAUAUGGGCCUUGAAAGACAAUGUCACGAAUAUCACAUCCAUGGUGGUGUCAAUGCCCUUAAGUCCAAACCAAUGGGCGGGGCUUGGGUUCUCGGCAGACGGGCAAAUGGUAGGCAGCACUGCAUUGAUAGCUACAUUAUCGUCCUCCGGAGUACCCAUUGUCAAGGUGUACAAGCUCAAUUCUAGGUCAACAUCGGGAGUGGUCGAGGAUGCAUCAGGGCUAAGCUUUGUAGGGGGUCCUGCUGAUGCAGUCUACGACCAAGGCAGGACAGUUUACGUUUCCUUCCAGCUGAACUUGGCCAAAUCAACUGCAGGGUCCAGAUUCUUUCUCAUGGCAUACGGGCCCACCUCACUAGAUGGCCAAGGGAUUUCACAACAUGUCGAUAGAAUUUCCCUCAGUGCACAGUUUGUGACAGGUGUCAUGGCUGGAGAAUCUACUGCGUCCAAAUUGGCAAAGAAGAGCAAAAUCCAUGCUUCACUGCAAAUAUUGGGCUGGGGUUUACUCUUGCCAAUUGGUGCCAUGGUUGCGCGCUACGCGCGUUCGUUUGAUCCGGCCUGGUUUUACACCCACAUCGCGUUUCAGUUCGUUGGAUUUGCGUGCAUAAUUGCAGGACUAGUCACUGGGUUUGAGCUACUAAGCCAUUUUCAGCAUGAUCACCUCACAGCCCACAAGUGGAUUGGAAUUUUUAUCACUGUCGUAGCCUUUGGUCAGUUGAGUGCGUUAUUGUAUCGCCCACACAAGGAUUCCAAGCGGCGCAAGUACUGGAUCUGGAUGCACUCAUGGUUUGGCCGCAUGGCGCUUUUCCUCGCUGCCGUAAACAUCUUGCUGGGUCUGUGGAUGGCUAAAGCCGAAAAGGACUUCAGAGUUUCGUAUAUUGCCAUCCUGAUCAUUGAACUCGUGGCCUUCAUCUUUUUGGAACUUUUUCUGUGGGUGCGAUGGUAUAAGCAGCAACGGCGGGACCGGCAAUCAUCUAACGCAAUACCGCCUUUCCAGUUUGGUGGAAGUGUAUAAACUAUCUUAUUAGUCCGAGCUCAAUUGACCUAUUGGUUGAGUAGGUGUGCCUUGUCAAUCCAGCAUGUUGAGGGGCUGGUUUGUGAAGGGUUUUAGAUUUUUAUUUAUUGUUUUUUGCUUCACUGUUUCCAUAUUAGCUGACAUAUAACAGAAUUCUUGUAACAAAAAACUUUAAGGUGUAAAACUCACCGUUGUUGCAGCUAAAA